AGCCGAGCAGCCACACCAUACAUGCUUGCAACAAAGCUUGUUCUGUGUGAGAAGAGAGCAGCACAGACAUCAAGCUCAAAGAGUCAGGGCUACUAGCCAAGAUCACAACUGACCAACCACUUCCAAGACCCCAAGUGCCUCCAAAUUCCAAGCUCCCUUGCGGCGCUGCGGCGUGCAUGCUCUGCCCGCAUAUCUGAGGGAGCAAGCGCGACUGCCACUUCACAUCUUUCUCCAGGCGGCGAAGAUGUCGGUGGCGGUGUGCCGUGGCCCGGUCAUGACGACGUUCGAGGCGCCCAGCUGGUUGCGCCCCGUCGAGACGUACAAGAAGCCGGAGGUCGUCGUCGACGACCGGCCCGCGCAGCUGGACGUAUGGAACGCCAUCCAGGCCGCCGACGUGGACAAGGCGGCCAAGAAGGCGUCCAAGCCGUACGUGCACCCGCUCGUGCGCCGGUCGUCGAGCCUGAUGAGCCAGAAGAGCCUCGAGGUCUGCACUGAGAGCCUCGGCAACGAGACCGGCUCCGGCGACUUCACGUCAUCCCUGGACAUGGCCUGCCUGUUCGACUCGGCGCUGCCGGCGGCGGCCGCCACGGCGGAUGAGCCCUUCUGGCAGCACGACGCUGCUCGCGAUUGCGAGAAGGAGCAGUGGGAAGCCAAGGACCUCGCGGCGGUGAACUACCACCGCUCGGCCGGGACGCGGUCGCCGCGCCGCGCGUUCCCGCCGCCGCUGCCGUCCAUGUCGCGCCGCGACGGGCCGUGCCUGCAGAUGCGCCCGCGCCGCCAGGACGGGCGCCUCGUGGUCGAGGCCGUGGCGGUGAGGCCGCGCGGGUACCUCCACGCUCGGCGCCAGGGCGGCCGCCUCCGCCUCUCCUUCGUCGAGUGCUGCACCCGCGAUGACCAGAGCGCGGUGAGCAAGAUCGCCGAGGCCGCAGCAGAGGCGCCGUUCUUCCCGAUCGUAGAGCCCAGGAACGUGCAAGAGGAAGAGGCGGCCGUGGAAAUGGAGGAGGAGGACGAGGUGGGUGAGGAGGAGGAGGUGGAGGUGGUGGACAGGGGUACCGUCGUGGAGGUCAAGGUCAGCACGCAGCCGCAGACGCCAGCCGCCGGCAAGGUGCACCGCUCGACGCUCGUGAUCAACAAGUUCGUCGGCAGCACGCCGCUGUCCGUGGACCAGCCCCGGUGCCACGCCGACACCACGGAACCCGAUGCGGAAUCCAGCGACGACGAAUUGGCGGCGUACUCACCACGCUCGACCCUGCGCCGGGUGCCGUCGUCCACGACGUCGCUGGCGGCCGCGGUCGCCGUGGCCUCGACGGGGAGCGACGUCCAUCCGGCCCCGGAGGACGACGACGAGUGCGGCGGCAUGCACCUGUCCGCCGCCGCCGCCGCCGAGCCCAAGCAGCUCCUGCUGUUCACGUCGCGGCGGGGAGACAAGCAGGACCUUCUCCAGAGCGUGCGGCGGUGCCGGCAGCUGCGGCAGAAGCCGCUCUUCAUCCUGGAGCCCUACUGCAUUGCCACCUCCUGAACAGAGCCGCCGAUCACAGCCACACUCCAGACAGCUGAUGCGAAUGCGACAGUCCCGUCGCGUCGUCGCCAUUUGCUAGCCUCUUAAAUUAAUCACUAGCAAAUCAAGCACGGUGCUGAUUAGCCCCCAUUAUUAUAAUAACCUCGUCAAUCCGUCGUCGUCGUCACAGUGGCUGCUGCAUGCCGGGCAUUAUUUUUUUUUUUUGCGACACAUCCUUUCCAUGUGUUGCUUGGUGUUCUUUUUUGGACUGCGCGUGCAUCGACCAGUCGCCCCUUUGGUCCCUUGCAGUGGCCUCUCGUGCGUGCUGUAAUUGUUGUUGCUCUAGUAGCUUUGUCUCCCCUGUAUUAUUUGCAGUGUGAUUUGAGUAAGUAAUUUAUCAAUGGAUUAACAGAUUUGCCGUAACCA